AUGCGCGAUCUCAAGGUCGUCGUUGGGCGUCUGGAGGCCCUGCAGAAGAAAACUCGCACGCUCCUUUAUGAAAGUACGACUUCGAAUUCCGUUGAACUCACCAAUGAACCUGACACGACCCUUGCCAAGUUGACGAGUAUGAACGACGAGCUGCUUGGAUGUAUCAAAACUUAUCAGCAGACAGUUGGAAGAAUUGAGUCUGGAGGGGCACUACAUCCGGAAGGGGCAACAGCAUACGGCCGUGUCCUUGACACAGGUAUUGCGUCUGCAUGUGGUCAGGCUGCACCGAGUGGACCUGAAUCUGUCACAAACGCUGUCUCAAGUGCUGUCUAUGGUUCGGCCUCCACUGCACAGUCAGCUUCCUCCGAUUCCCAGGUUAAAGGUCAGGUGAGCGCCCGCAAUCUUCUGGUCCUUUACGAACUUCAAAGCAUUUGCUGUGUAUACGGUCUACUUCAGUUCCUUUUGAGGUACUUGUCAUCGUAA